AGGAAGCACAUUGAAGCCAAUCGUGGCCGUCCAUCUGUCCCAUGUGUCGACGCACAGAAGCUAUAUAUAGGGCAAGAACGUUCUGUUCCUCAAUCUGGUGGCAGUUUCCCUCGUCUCAAGGCGCGCAGUGGAUAGUUUUCGUCUUCUCCCGAAGACCAGAGAAUAUGGCUCGUACAAAGCAGACUGCUCGCAAGUCCACUGGAGGCAAGGCCCCGAGGAAACAACUCGCUACCAAGGCGGCUCGCAAGUCUGCCCCAACCACUGGAGGGGUGAAGAAACCCCACAGAUAUCGCCCUGGAACUGUUGCUCUUCGUGAAAUCCGCAAGUACCAGAAGAGCACUGAGCUCCUGAUCAGGAAAUUGCCCUUCCAGAGGCUUGUUCGUGAAAUUGCUCAGGACUUUAAGACUGACUUGCGUUUCCAGAGCCAUGCAGUGCUGGCAUUGCAGGAGGCAGCUGAGGCGUACCUCGUCGGAUUGUUUGAAGAUACAAAUCUCUGUGCCAUCCAUGCCAAGCGUGUUACCAUCAUGCCCAAGGACAUUCAGCUGGCUAGGAGGAUUCGUGGUGAGAGGGCUUAAUUGUUGGUGGAUGGGACCAUCCUAGUUCGUUUACCUUGAAAUGGUGAUGAACUUAAAACUUUCCAUGUAGAAGAAGAUUUCAGUAUUCUUCAGACUUUAUGAAUAUAAAUUGUACUGUUUAGUGAGUCUUAAGGUAGUAUAUUGAGCUAUAUGCAGCUGACUUCUUAAGUUGGGUUCCUUCUGUGGCGUCUGUGGAAUCAUGUGAAAAUGAAGAACUACUAUUGAAUCCA